AGGAAUGGAAAGAACAAUUAGAAAAAUCACAAGUAAGACUACAAUGGGAUCCAGACCAUGAUUUACUUGGAGAAAAGAUGCAAAGAAGGGCAAUACAACUUGGUAUAAAAAACAAUAUAUUGCAAAAAUAUUCUAAUGAAUGGAUAAUUGGAAUUGAAGAUAUCACAGAAUUUGUUAGAGAACAAUAUGAAUUAAUUAAAUUAGAUAAAUUGAAUGAAGUUAGAACUCCCGUUGAGCGAGUUUAUGAAAUUAGUGAUAAUUUAACAAAAGAAAAAUUAGGUAUGAGCUUUGAUGAUUCCAAGCCUAUCCAAGCCGAGCCUGAACCCGAAUCCGAGUUCCGUAAAAUAUGUAAAAGUGUCGUUGAUUACAUAUAUAACAUAUGUAAUAUACAGUAA